UGGCCGGUCCCCGAGGCUGGCGGAGCCGACAGGGCCGAGUGGAGCGCGGCGGGGGGAGGAGGAGGAGAAGGGGGCUGGUCCAGGGGAAGUGCGACGUGUCUGCGGAGCCUUUUUAUACCUCCUUCCCGGGAGUUCGGCAGCUACCGCCGCCGCCGCCACCGUGUGUCCUCCGUCUCUGCUCCUAGGUCCCGGGCUCCGCCGCAGCCAGCCAGCAUGUCGGGGGUCAAGAAACAGAAGACGGAGAACCAGCAGAAAUCCACCAAUGUCGUCUAUCAGGCCCACCACGUGAGCAGGAAUAAGCGAGGACAGGUGGUUGGAACAAGAGGCGGAUUCCGAGGAUGUACUGUGUGGCUAACAGGUCUCUCUGGUGCUGGAAAAACAACAAUAAGUUUUGCCCUGGAGGAGUACCUUGUCUCCCACGCCAUCCCUUGUUACUCGCUGGAUGGGGACAACGUCCGUCAUGGCCUUAAUAAGAACCUCGGAUUCUCUCCUGGGGACAGAGAAGAAAAUAUCCGGCGGAUUGCAGAGGUGGCUAAGCUGUUUGCCGACGCGGGUCUGGUCUGCAUUACCAGCUUCAUUUCUCCCUUCGCAAAGGAUCGAGAGAAUGCCCGCAAAAUCCAUGAAUCAGCCGGACUGCCAUUCUUUGAAAUAUUUGUAGACGCGCCUCUAAGUAUCUGUGAAAGCAGAGAUGUAAAAGGCCUCUAUAAACGGGCCAGAGCUGGGGAGAUUAAAGGAUUUACAGGUAUUGAUUCUGAUUAUGAGAAACCUGAAACUCCGGAGCUUGUGCUUAAAACCAAUUUGUCCUCAGUGAGUGACUGUGUCCAGCAGGUGGUGGAACUUCUGCAAGAGCAGAGCAUUGUACCCCAUACUGCAAUCAAAGCCAUCCACGAACUCUUUGUGCCAGAAAACAAACUUGACCAAGUUCGGGCUGAGGCUAAAAUUCUCCCUUCAUUGUCAAUUACUAAGCUGGAUCUACAGUGGAUCCAAGUUCUGAGUGAAGGCUGGGCCACCCCCCUCAAAGGUUUUAUGCGUGAGAAGGAGUACCUGCAGGUUAUACACUUUGGCACCCUGCUAGAUGGCAUGGUCCAUGCUGAUGGAGUGAUCAACAUGAGCGUCCCCAUCGUCCUGCCCGUCUCUGAGGAGGAUAAGGCACGGCUGGAAGGGUGCAGCGAGUUUGUCCUGACAUACAGUGGACGGAGGGUGGCUGUCUUACAAGACCCUGAAUUCUAUGAACAUAGAAAAGAGGAGCGUUGCUGCCGGGUGUGGGGGACCACGUGCACAAAACUCCCCCACGUCAAAAUGGUGAUGGAAAGUGGAGAUUGGCUGGUUGGUGGAGACCUUCAGGUGCUGGAGAGAAUAAGGUGGGAUGACGGGCUGGACCAGUAUCGCCUGACGCCUCUGGAGCUCAAACAGAAAUGUAAAGGAAUGAAUGCGGAUGUGGUGUUUGCAUUCCAGCUGCGCAAUCCUGUCCACAAUGGCCAUGCUCUGUUGAUGCAGGACACUCGCCGCAGGCUCUUAGAGAGGGGCUAUAAGAACCCAGUUCUCCUCCUCCACCCUCUGGGUGGCUGGACCAAGGAUGAUGAUGUGCCUCUGGACUGGAGGAUGAAGCAGCACACAGCUGUGCUUGAGGAAGGGAUCCUGGAUCCCAAGUCCACCAUUGUUGCCAUCUUUCCAUCCCCCAUGUUAUAUGCUGGCCCCACGGAGGUCCAGUGGCACUGCAGGGCCCGGAUGAUUGCAGGGGCCAAUUUCUACAUUGUGGGCAGGGACCCUGCAGGAAUGCCCCACCCGGAAACCAAGAAGGACCUGUAUGAACCUACUCAUGGGGGCAAGGUCUUGAGCAUGGCCCCUGGCCUCAUGUCUGUGGAAAUCAUUCCAUUCCGAGUUGCUGCCUACAACAAAGUCAAAAAAGCCAUGGACUUCUAUGAUCCAGCAAGGCACAACGAGUUUGACUUCAUCUCAGGAACUCGGAUGAGGAAGCUAGCCCGGGAAGGAGAGAAUCCCCCAGAUGGCUUCAUGGCCCCCAAAGCAUGGAAAGUCCUGACGGAUUAUUACGGGUCCCUGGAGAAGAGCAACUAAAUGCCUUUGGCUCCAGAGUUUGUUUCUACAGUGCUCUCUAAUUACCUUUUCUAUUUUUGUGAUUAGAUGCUUUGUAUCCAAUUGUUUCUCCACGACUGAUUUUAAAGUAGAUCGUUUAUAAUGAAGUAAAAAUUAUGUCUAUAAUUUAAAGUCAACAUAUAUUUAAUAUAUGUGUAAAACUGAGUACCAAAUCUUAGCAAGUGUAAGCAAUACUCUUACACAUUUCAGAAUAAAAUUAGCCAUCUUCUCUACUGCAUCUGAGCAGUUAGGUCCCGGAUUCCUUAAAGCUUCGACCAUGGGUCUAGCUACUUGCCAAAAAGUGAAGCAUGUUUUCCAGCUUAAGUUUUGCCAACCUGCGCUCUCCCAAUGUCAUAUACCAGUGGUAAAAUAAAUCAGAUCAGUUCCCUCUUCUGUAUAAUUGA